AUGAAGCCGAAGCACAACACCAACCACGUCCGUGGUCCCGCCGUCACCGUGGUCAUCCUCAUUGCCACGGCAUCCGUCCAAGCCACCUUAGCUGAGGGCACAUCCCUAACGCACAGGUCGUACCUGACACACGACGCCGCCUUGUCUUCAGCGCUGUGGCACAGCCUUAUCGGCACGUUACCGUCCAACACGUCGUCAGUACUGGCAGUCGUCCUCCGCGAGGCGCCUCUACGGCCCCGUUUUAGCCAAGAGCAAGCUCUUCUUGAACUCCAGUUCACCGGAGCCACGACACAUGGUCUACGUCUGGCCCUCGAAGGCUCACAGCGACGGCUCAAGCUCCAGUCCACCGACCCAGACAGCCCAUCGUCCAUUGUAGACGUCGCGGGAGUACCGCGAGAGGUCAUUCUCCACUUCUCCACACCGGCAAGCGAUGUACCUUCAGAGCAGCCCACGGAAAUCCACGUCUUCCUCGACUGCCAACCACAGCAGCAGCUGUCCCUCUCGCUGCCGCUUCGAGACAUGGCACGCCAAGCGACGGGUCUCAAGGUCUUCCGGGACAAGCGCCUUCGCGUGGACACCCUGCAAAACGUUCCUCUCGUAGACGUCCUCUGGAGGGCCUCCACCUCUUGCCGUCGCCGGGAGGCCUCUAGUCUUCCAGAUGUUGCGGCAGCGACGCCCUCUGAACCACCACAGCGGGACGUCAACUCCAGAGGCUACGGCGGAGAGGACCUCAACGACAACCGCCUCGCCACGCGGGCCUUGAUCGACCUCCUGGAACUUUUGCAAGAGUCCAAGAAGGCUGUUGAAGUCCAGACGCGAGCGCUGCUGAUGCUCACCGAAGUCCUGUCCCGAUGUCAGUUCUGCCGUUCGCGAGGCGACGAUGACGACGUCAUCAACAUCGGCGUCGCGGCUGUCCAGUGCUCGGAGAAGCCAUGCUUCCGAGGAGUGUCGUGUCGCGACACCAGGUCCGGAUUCAAGUGUGGCCCGUGUCCUCCUGGUUACGCGGGCGAUGGAGUCACCUGUCGCCGGACCAACCGGUGCAACGAGCAACCUUGCUUUCCCGGAGUCGAAUGCAAAAACGUGGCAGGAGGAAGCGGAUUCGUCUGCGGGCCCUGCCCCGAAGGAUUUCAGGGCAACGGUUCCCACUGCGAGGACGUGGACGAGUGCGACGCGGCCAACCCGUGCCACCCGCACGUGGCUUGCAUCAACGAGUCGCCCGGUUUCCGCUGCGGGCCCUGCCCCCGGGGCUUCGAGGGCGGAGAGCUGCGCGGGGUGGGCCUGGAGUUCGCGCGCAGGGCCAGACAACACUGCCACGACCUGGACGAGUGCGCCGACGGAAGGAACGGCGGCUGCGUCCCGCACUCGCGCUGCACCAACACGCCGGGCUCCAGGGUGUGCGGCGAGUGCCUGGAAGGCUUUAUGGGCAACCAGACGGCGGGCUGCCACCCGCGGCCGGGCACCUGCCCGGACGGCUCGCUGUGCGACGGCAACGCCGACUGCCUGCCCAGGAGGGGCUCGGGCACGUACGCCUGCCGCUGCCGCGUCGGCUGGGCCGGAGACGGACGCCUGUGCGGCACCGACAGGGACCUCGACGGAUGGCCCGACGCGUCGCUGCCCUGUGGACACCGGCGCUGCCGUGCCGACAACUGCCCGGGCACGCCCAACUCGGGCCAGGAGGACGCGGACGGCGACGGCACGGGCGACGCGUGCGACGAAGACGCCGACGACGACGGGGUGCUCAACAGCCCGGACAACUGCCCGCUCGUCGCCAACCCGGGCCAGGAGGACACCGACCCGGACGGACCGGACCACCUGGGCGACGCCUGCGACAACUGCCCCACCGUGCCGAACCCGGACCAGGUCGACUCUGACGGCGACGGCCUGGGCGACCUGUGCGACCCGGACGCCGACGACGACGGCGUUCUCAACGAGAGGGACAACUGCCCGACGACGCCCAACGCGGACCAGCGCGACAGCGACGGCGACGGUCUCGGAGACGCGUGCGACAACUGCCCGCGCGCCAAGAACCCCGAUCAGAUCGACUCCGACAGGGAUCUCGUGGGAGACGCCUGCGACGACAACAUCGACAGGGACCGCGACGGCAUACAGGACUCGUGGGACAACUGCCCGGACGACGCCAACUCGGACCAGCUGGACACGGACGAGGACGGCCGGGGCGAUGCGUGCGACUUCGACAAGGACAACGACGGCGUGCCGGACUCGGCGGACAACUGCGCCCUCGUGUACAACCCGGACCAGCGGGACACCAACCGGACGGGCGUCGGAGACGCCUGCAAGGAGGACUUCGACGGAGACUCCAUCCCAGAUCCGCUGGACGUCUGCCCGGACAACAGGCGCGUCUACGCCACGGACUUCAGGGCGUAUCAAACAGUGGUGCUGGAUCCCGAAGGAGACUCCCAGAUAGAUCCCCACUGGGUGGUCUACAACAAGGGCGCCGAGAUAGUGCAAACCAUGAACUCAGACCCCGGACUCGCGGUCGGAUACCAAAAAUUCGGAGGAGUCGAUUUCGAAGGUACCUUCUUCGUGGACACCGAAGUGGACGACGACUACGUGGGCUUCGUGUUCGGCUACCAGGACAACGGCCGCUUCUACGCCGUCAUGUGGAAGAAGAGCAGCCAGACGUACUGGCAGGCCACGCCGUUCAGGGCCGUCGCGGAGCCUGGUAUCCAGCUCAAACUCGUCAAUUCGGACACCGGGCCAGGGGAGACGCUCCGCAACGCGCUCUGGCACACGGGAGACACGCACGGCCAGGUGCGCCUGCUGUGGCGCGACCCCCGCAACGUGGGCUGGAAGGAGAAAGUGGCCUACCGCUGGCUCCUGCUGCACCGACCCGCCCUGGGACUCGUGCGCCUGCGCGUCUUCGAAGGGGACCAGCUGGUCGCCGACUCCGGCAACGUGUACGACUCGACGCUGCAAGGGGGACGCCUCGGAGUGUUCUGCUUCUCCCAGGAGGCCAUCAUCUGGUCCGACCUGGUCUACCGGUGCAACGAGGCCCUCCCGGAGACCGCCUACAGAGACCUGCCCCGGGAGCUGAGGGCCAAGGCGCGGAGGGACAACGUCACCCCGUCCGAGCUGCCGCUCACGCCCGUGCCGUCCGUCAACAACAACCUCGUCUGAGCGGGAGUCCGCGAGCAAUACCACCUACGAGACGAGGCCUGCUGCUCGUGACGUCACCGCUUGUGGAUCCCCCCCUCCCGGACCCGCCCCAAGCGGCCGACGGGUCCGUUUUGGCGUCACCGCCUUCUGAAGCAAACUAGGCGGCUCUGCGUGUAUCCGCUGGUGAUGACGUAAGCGAAGCUAAAGGCGUAGCCCUCGUCUUCGAGGUGGUAUUGGUCCGAGCAGGUGAAGGCCUAGCGGCGGAACCACUGAAACGCGUUCAACUAAGCCUCGCCCCCUCCCCCCCCCCCCCCCCCCCCCCUUUCCCUCAUACCUCCGUAAACCCUGGUGCGGCUGUGUAGUUCAAAAGAAGAAAGGAGCGGAAUAGCGCGGUCCUGACGUGCUCGAAAUGGGCCAUUCAGGGCGUCAGAUUCUGCCCCGUGGGUUUACCCCAAUACGCGUCCGAGAUUUAUCUGUCAAUGGAUAAAAUGGGCUCGUACGCGCUACGCUCUGCAUAACCUGUCAAAGGAGGAGAAGCAACAACCCCUGCGAGCGAGCCGAUCAGAGCGUCGUAGACGUAACGAAGUUCCGCCGCUGGCCGCAAGUGGAGAGUUGUUGGCACGUGCUUCGCUACGGUCGCCGCAAUUAGCUCGAGGGGUAUGUACAUUGCUCUCUUUGUCAAAACGACUGACAGAACAAAAAAAAAAAAUUUUUUUUGUCGGUGAGGUUACGAAAAAGGGCGUCUUUCCGAGUGUCUUCGAAUACUUGACUGUCAGUUCAAUCUCUAGGUCUCUGAAGGAAAUUUUUCGAAGAGGACUUCCUCAUGUGUU